AUGAGGUCACUAAGCUACUCCCCUCUUGCUGAAGAAGAUGAGGUCUGCUGGACAGAGAAAGAAGUUCUGGGGCUGAACAUUGUUGUGAAAGAGGAGGAAGAGGAGGAUGUCACAGUAAAAAAAGAUGUAGAGGAGAAAGAGGGGGAUGCAGUUUUCAGAGGGAAAGAGGAGGAAGAUGUUACAGUAAAAGAGGAGGAGGAAGAUGUUACAGUAAAAGAAGAAGCGGAGGCACAGGAGAAGAUAACUGUCACAUCGGAGGAGGAGGCGACUAGGGAUCUUAUUAACAACAGAGAGAGACCAGACUCUCCUUCUGACAGCAGGAAGAGUCGUUCAGGGGAACCAGACCUUGAGACAUCCAAACCAGCAGGACGACAUCAAUGCUCCCAGUGUGGAAAGAGUUUUACUCAGUUAGGGAGCCUGAAAACACACAAGAGAAUACACACAGAAGAGAAGCCUUACCACUGCUCCUUGUGCGGAAAUAGUUUUCGGUGGUUAGGGAGCGUGGAAAGGCAUGAGAGGACACACACAGGAGAAAAGCCUUUCCAAUGUUCCCAUUGUGGAAAGAGUUGUACCCAGUUAGGGAGCCUGAAGGAGCAUGAGAGAAUACACACAGGAGAAAAGCCUUACCAAUGUUCCCAUUGUGGAAAGCAUUUUGCCCAGUUAGGAAACCUGAACCAGCAUGAGAGGACACACACAGGAAAAAAGAUGCACCACUGCUCCCACUGUSGAAAGAGAUUUACCCGGMUAAGGUACCUGAAAGAGCAUGAAWGAAUACAUACAAAUACACAGGAGGAGAAGACAUACCACUGCUCUCAUUGUGGAAAGACAUUUUCCCAGUCAGAGGACCUGAAAACACAUGAGAGAAUAGAGAGGCUGUGUUCUGACUUGUGUUUUUGACUGAGAAUUUGUGUUUUUGUUUGGGCUGUCAGACAUGAGAACUUUAAUUGCGAUUAAUCCAUUGUCUGAAAGGGUUAAAAACCCACUGAAAACAUCCAAAAUACAUUCUGUAUACCGCUAAAAUCUACAAUGUCAUGUACAAACAAGAUGACAUUGUAAUGUUUUUAAGAUAAAACUGCCUUUAUUUUUGCUGGACCCCAGGAAGAGUAGCUGCUGCCUUGGCA